AUGAAUCUAGUAACAUCUGGAAUAAUUUUAUAUUCAUUCUAUAUAUGUGUAUGUAUGGAUCCUGAUGGAGCUGAACCUGAAAAAAGUGAUUCGGGUAUUAGAUUUUACGGAGAUGGUGAACCAGUUAAAAGUGAUAUGAUGCCAACAGAAGAGGAAGCAAAAGGUGCUCUUGGCCCUCCUGUAUGUACACCAGGUGAUUGUGGUCCACCAACACCAGGUCACGGGACGCCAGGUUAUCCAUCGGAGGCAGCAGAAGGUUAUGGAACAUCAGAUUAUAGUCCUUAUGUUCCACGUCCCUAUGGUCAGUCAUCACCAGGCUCCUAUGGAGCACCAGGUUACGGUUAUUAUGUUCCAGGUGGUUAUGGAACACCACGUCAUAGUACAACACAAGGUUAUCGAACACCAGUUUAUUGUCCUUGUUUUCCGGGUCCUUAUGGAACACCAGGUGCUACUGGUUACGGUGGAUAUAUACCCCAAGGUCCUUACGGUGCAAGACAUAGUUAUUAUUCUCCAGGUGGUUAUGGAUCGCCACGUUAUCCAACACAACCAAGUCCUUAUAGAGCAACAAGCGGUAAUGGAGCCGGUGCAUCAGGAGAUGCCGGAAGUCCAGGUCAACAAACUGAUCAACCAAGCGGUCCGCCUACUCGAGCUCCAGAUGGAACAAAAUUAUUUUCAAUAGACGCAAAAACGGGGUCGAAUUGUUCAAAUGUUAUUGUUAAAGAAUAUAUAUCAGGACGACAUAAUCGUUUUCACCGUAGGUUAAACCCUAAACCAGGAUUUGGAUUUAAUUCCGUGAGUUAUAACGGUGUUUCAGUUUGGGAAAUGAGAGUAGACAAAUAUGCAACCGAAGUUUUUUUAUAUCCGUUAAGGUCUCCACAAAAAACUAUUUUAAUCAUGCUAAUUGAUGGCAUAAUAAAGACUUUUAAAAGGAAAGGAAAAAAUAAACCAUGGAAAGAAAAAGAUGUAAAUAUUAGAGGAGAGUUAUUUAUUAGACAAGCACUUUCUUGA